CAAACCCCCUACAUUUGCAAAUUACCGGACUGCUCUAGCGGUUGGUUUUUUAAACACCAACCUCUCUACUCAUUGAUUUUCUUUUUUAGACAAAAGUUUGCGUUUAACAGACAUUUUACCGAUAAACGGAGAUAAAAAUGACCCUCAAAUCAAAGGCUCCGUGUUUCAAAUCCAAGUUCAUCACCGCUGAGCUGGCUCGUCUGUUCAGCCAGUCGGACAGCGAGGAGGAGUUUGAAGGUUUCAGCGAGGAUGAGGAAGACGAGGGCAGAAGAUCUGUUAACAAAAGGCUAAAGACCAAGAUGGUGGAUUCAGAGGAGGACAGCGAGGUGGACACAGGCUUCUACUCUGAUGGCGAGGAGGACCCCCAACCAAAGAGGAGGAGUCUUUUAGUUGCCCUGAGGUUUCCCGUCAAAAGACUGUCGACCCCCAAACAGGAACUGCAAGAGAAAAAAGCCAAAAAGCCAGUCAAAGAACCUCCACCUUCACAGAGAUCCAGUGGAAGGCAGAGGAUGAAGAGGCAACAGCAGCAGCAGCAGCAGCAGCAGCAGCAGCAGCAGCAGGAUGAGGAAGAGAAGGAGGAGGAGGACAAAGAGGAGGUCCUGUCCCAGAGCCUACGGAAACGAGACAAGAACAUCCAGGAAAACAAGGCCAUGCUGGCUAAGCUGUUUGCUGAUCUGAGCAGCAUGGCUGACCUGACUCCUCCCACCACUCCUCAAAAGAAGAGGCGGGCGCCAGAGAAACGCAAGUUUGAACCAGAGAGGGGGUCAGAAAGGAGGAACCCUUCCCGUAAGGCUCGUCCUCCUGAGAACUUUGCAGUGGAGGAAAAGAGCGAGCCGCUCCCCCACAGAAACCCCCGGACUGUAGACAUCAGAAGACUGUUGGAGGUGGAUGAAGAAGCCGGUGAGAACGGGCUGAAGAAAAAGAAGAAGAGGAGGAGCUACUAUGAGGUGAGGUCAGUUGACGAUAUCACCAAAGAAGACCUGGACAACAUAGCGUACCGAAGCAAAGACAAGAUCUGGGACAAGGAGAAUGGCAGCUCGUGUCACCAGUGCAGACAGAAGACUCUGGACACCAAGACGGUGUGUCGCAGCGGUUUCUGUGUGAAGGGCAAAGGUCAGUUCUGUGGGCCGUGCCUGAAGAACCGCUACGGAGAGGACGUACGCGAUGUGCUUGUCGACCCGACGUGGUCGUGCCCCAUCUGCCGAGAGAUGUGUAACUGCAGUCUGUGUCGUAAGAAGGAGGGCCGCUGUGCUACCGGCAACCUGGUGGGAUUGGCCCGCUACAACGGCCACGACAAUGUCCACGAGUAUCUGGCGCGCAUUCAGAAGGAUGUGCAGUGAAGUCCAGAGAGAAGACCAGAGAGGAGAACCUACAGCUAGAACCCGGAGCGCGCUCUCUUGCUGCACAGUACCGUAGAACUCAUUUUAAUGUACACUUUUAGGUUUAGAUCAACCUUUUUAUCCAACUAGAGAAACAAAAAGAUGUUGUUUUUUAUAUCAUUUUAACACAAGGCACAUACACUGUUAAUAUGUUUGAUAGAGCCUGAUGUAAGCCUGUAUAAGAUGCAGAGAUGUUUUUGUUGUUUUAAAGUCAAUACUCUGUCAGUACUUUGAGUUGUAUAUUUUCAUUUUCUUCUCUUGAUGUUAGAACAAAUGUAAGCUAUGGUUAUUUUCUGUGUUACGGAUGCAAAAGGAGCCUUUUUAUAUACCUUCUACUUUCCUUAAAGUGAGCAUUGUUGUCAUUCCACUGAAAAUUCUAAUAAAAUGGCAUUAUCUAAAUGA